CGCAGAUCACACCUUAAAUGCCUUUCGUCGAGCGAUUUCAACAAAUACGUAAUUUUGUUAUGAACGUCUGCCUCGUCGAGGCCAUCCAAUUCGUCCAGGACCUCUCGCACGCCAUCUGUCUGGACCUCCAGGGCCUAUUCAAUCUCAAGUAGAGAUCCAGGAGCGAUCUCCCAGCGCUCAUCCCAUCAAUCACCCAGAUACACUUUACUUCAUUAAGUAGCAGCAAUCAUCUAACACAGCUGACCAAACAACGCACCGACU